GAGUGAGUGGGAGGAAGCCAACUUGGAAACUAUCUCCCGUGGACGGCUGAGCGUGGACGGCUGAGCGGGACCAGCGUGCACACCGGAGGCGGCAUCACUCCCCCCGCCUGUGAGGAGUCUCUGUAUCCCGGGUCACACCCCGCCGUCCCCUCGCAGGACACCUGGAAGAAGUUUGGCUCCAAACUUUGUGCGCUUUGCUGCACCCCUGAGCCUGAGCCUGUUUCCCGGCCUGGUUCCCGAGGCGGCUCCUGCACGCUCCCACCCAGCCAGCCCUGGUUCAGGUGCGCAGCUCUGCGGCUCCAGCAGGGUCACCUGGACCCCAAACCAAACCCCCCCCCCGGAACCGGGACGGCCAUGGCCCCGCCGGCGGGCAGCGGGACCCGGAGGAGCAGCGCGCCGCGGGACGUGAUGCUGCUCGUCGGCUUGGUCUCCCUGCAAGUGCUGUCCAUCCAGGCCGCCAUCCAUUUUACCAGGGAGCCCAAGUCCCAGGAUGCACUGCACGGCCGCAGCGCCAUGCUGCGCUGCGAAGUCAGCGAUCCGGCCGAUGUCACGUACAGGUGGCUCCACAACGGCCAGGCCCUGGGGAACGACGACAGGCGCUUCCAGGAGGGCAGCAACCUCAAGUUCAUGGCCGUGGACCGGCAGCUGGAUGCAGGGAACUUCGAGUGUGUUGCAGAAAACGGGGUCACUGGGAAGGUGCUCCACUCCACCAACGCCUCCUUCAAUAUCAAGUGGUUAGAAAGCGGCAGCGUGACCUUGAAGGAGCCUGUUUCUGAGGGGGACAUUGAGAGCUCGGCGCCGGUGACAUUGCGCUGUCAUAUUGACGGACACCCACGACCGACGUGCCAGUGGUUCAAGGAUGGAGUGAAGCUGGCUGAGAAGAGCCAUCAGAUCAACGGCAAGGAGAGGACGCUGACCUUCGAGAGUGCCAGUCCAGAUGACAACGGACUUUACUACUGCUGCGCCAAAAACGCAGCCGGCCACGUCUGCAGCAACAGCAACUUCACCCUCAACAUUAUAGAUAAGAGCUUCCCGCGGCCGGUGGUGACUCCCGAGGACCAGGUGGUGUUGAAGAACGAGGAGGCCGUUUUCCACUGUCAGUUUACGGCGGAGCCCGAGCCCACGGUGGAGUGGUAUCACGAGAAUGAGCUGCUGGCAAACAAGACUCGGGUUGUCUUGUUGCCCAACGGCACAGUUCAGAUCACACAAGUCAAGCCCAGGAACACUGGAACCUACAAGUGCGUCGGCCGAGGCCUCAAAGGAUCCCAUGUUACGCUGGAGGCCUCGCUCCUCAUCGCCGAAAUAGAAGACAUGGUGCCCAAGAUGUCGAAGGUGUUCUCCGCCGACACCCUGCAGCGCGUGACCUGUAAACCCCCGCGGGGGAAGCCCAGCCCCGACGUGUGGUGGGAGAGAGAAGGUACGCAGGUCCCCACGGAGGGCAGGGUGCACCAGGACGGCCUGGAUCUGGUCUUCAGUCCCACAGAGGGCGGGGACUCGGGCACGUACACGUGCGUGGCCCAGAACAAGGCUGGACGGAGAACACAGGACUUCACGUUCACCAUAGCCACUGCCCCGGUGUGGGUGAGAAAGCCUCAGGACAGCAACUUAGAAGAGGGUAAACCCGGUUACCUCCACUGCCACGCUCAGGCUAACCCUCAGCCGGAGGUCACGUGGCUCCGCAACACCAACAUGAUCAAAGCCGAGGACUCCCGUUUUAAGAUGUUCCCCAACGGCACCCUGAAGAUCAACAACGUGGAGGUGUACGACGCUCACAUGUACAGCUGUGAAACCAAGACUGAGGGCGGGAAGCUGUUUGGCCACGCAAGAGUUACCGUGCUCGAGAGGCUGAAAUUCACGCCAACCCCCCAGCCUUCGCAGUGCCUGGAGCUGGAUAAAGAGAUCACGAUCCAGUGCUCCGCUAAGGGCCGAGAGAGCCCCACAAUCCGCUGGACCAAAGCAGAUGGAGGAGAGCUGCCGCCUCACGUGGAGCAGAGGAACGGCCAGCUGCACUUCACCAAAGUCACCCGCAGCGACGCCGGCAACUACACCUGCCUGGCUUCCAACAGCCUGCAGGGGGAGAUCACAGCCCUGGUGACGCUCACCGUGGCCGUGUACAUUCGUUUUAAGGUGGAGCCGGACAACACAACGGUGUAUCAGGGGCACACAGCCAUCCUGCACUGCCAGGCCAGCGGGGACCCCGAGCCUCACAUCCACUGGAUGGUCAAAGACAAGACGCUGGACAUCAGUAAGAGCCCCAGGUUCCAGAAGAUGGCGAACGGCUCCCUGAUCAUCUCCGACGUCACCACGGACGACACGGGCAGGUACACCUGUGUGGCGGGGAACAGCUGCAGCAUCAAGGACCGCGUGGCGCAGCUGUAUGUAGUGGCAGACAAACCAAUACACUUCCCUGAUGAAGAUGAAGACAGGGCUCCUUACAAGAUGAUCCAAACCAUCGGCCUGUCGGUGGGGGCGGCGGUCGCGUACAUCAUCAUCGUGCUGGGACUCAUGUUCUACUGCAAAAAGAGACGCAACGCCAAAAGAUUGCAGAAGGGCCAGGAUGGAGAGGAGCCGGAGAUGGAGUGUCUUAACGGAGGAGCUGUUCAACAGAAUGGGCACACCACAGCUGAGAUCCAGGAGGAGGUGGCGCUGACCAACAUGAGUACCAUCGCUACUACCGAGAAACGCCACAGCCACGUCAACAACGACAAACUCCACUUUCCCCGCUCAAACCUCCAGACCAUCACGACUUUAGGUAAAGGGGAGUUUGGUGAGGUGCUGCUGUCCAAAGCGAAGGCCAUUGUGGAGGGGGAAGAGGAGACGGUGGUGUUGGUGAAGAGUCUGCAGACCAGAGAUGAACAGCUCCAACAGGACUUCCGCCGCGAAGCUGAAAUGUUUGCCAAACUGAGCCACCCCAACGUGGUCCGCCUGCUGGGCCUGUGUCGGGAGGCAGAGCCGCACUACAUGAUCCUGGAGUACUACGACCUGGGAGAUCUGAAGCAGUUCCUGCGAAUUUCCAAAAGCAAAGAUGACAAAGUCAAGACUCAGCCUCUCAGCACCAAGACCAAAGUUUCCAUCUGUGCCCAGGUGGCUCGGGGCAUGGAGCACCUGUCCAAUCACCGCUUCGUUCACAAAGACCUGGCGGCUCGAAACUGUCUGAUCAACAGUCAGAGACAGGUCAAAGUGUCUUCACUCAGCCUCAGCAAGGAUGUCUACAACAGUAGUGAGUACUACCACUACAGACAGGCGUGGAUCCCGUUGCGCUGGCUUCCUACAGAGUCUGUGUUCGAGGAUGACUUCUCCACCAAGUCUGACGUGUGGGCCUUUGGAGUGUUGAUGUGGGAAGUAUUCAGUCACGGGGAAAUGCCGUACAGCAAGCUCAGCGACGACGAGGUCCUGGAUGGUCUGAAGACGGGGAAGCUGAAGCUGCCUGUUCCGGACGGAUGCCCCACCAAAAUCUACAAGCUCAUGGUCCGCUGCUGGGCGCUCGGCCUGAAGGAGCGCCCGUCCUUCACCGACAUCGUCCACGCCCUCGGAGAACUGCCCUCCGACAGCAAAGUCUGAGCUGAUGCCCCGCUGCAGAGAGGGGGACUCUAACCAACCCCCUUCCUCCAGAGUAAAGGCAGGAAUGAUGGAUUUAUCAGCCUCGCUCUUUUCAGGGAAGAGGGUUGAAGAAAAAAACACUUUUUUUUAUAUAUGCAUUUCAACAUUUUUGAGUGUGGAUUAGACUUCUUUUGCUGUAUCAGAGGAGACACACUCACAAGUGUGUGAGCGGCUUGGUGUGAGCAGCCCUGGGACUUUGGCCUUAACUGCAGCAUGGAUGACCCUGCCCUCCCAGACGGUGUGUGCAGGUCCAGCGUGACCCCGCCUGUGACCCCGCCUGUCUGCAGCUGCUCUGUCUCAGAGACGUCUUGUUCCACCGAGCCUCACAGCCUCAGUGCCUCUACCCCUUCACACAUCGUAACGGUCAACUGCUCUGUAGGGAUGAUGGACACGGUAUUCUCCCCUGCUCUGGUCAAUGGAGAACGCAGAUGAAAUGCAGGUUCUCUUGUUUCGUCUAAAAAAAAAAUUGAGAGGAAUGUGGGAUGCCUUUCAAAUCCCCCCCGUUAGUGUGUUAUGUGAGAUAAUUUUAACUGGUUUGCUUCAGUUUAAAGUUUUGGUCAGCUUCAUUGUUCUGCCAUCCCACACCAUGUAGUGACACGCGUCCACCACCAUCCCUCUUAAACUCUCCUCCUGCUACUAUAUACAAUCAACGAAGUGGAACGGGUUCUGCAUGAAGGUUUGUCUUCUGUUACGCUUGUGAUGUGAAACUCAAGGACACUAGUCCAUGUUACAGCCACUCUCCAAGAACAACGACCAAGAUCAAGUUUUCUAGCUGCAGCUUAUCAUGAACAAAUGAGACUGUGCCUGUCUGGACUUUAUACGUUUUUAUAUCUACUUUUUAUUCUCUGCAACAACUUUGAGGUGCAUUUUUCUCCAUCAUUGGGAUCAGCCAUCGUAUUAACAUAUCCUAUGCCGUCUUAACUCGACGGGAUUCAGCCUAUCGCCAGGUUUAGACCUGCAGUGUAAUAUCCUCAGAGGUCCAAUCACAGUUUCUCUCCUGGUCCAGAUGUUUUGUGCUCUGUUGCAGUGUGGACCAGCGUAUCAGGCAAUGUGUACAUAAUGUAGAAGCCAUGCACUAACUUCACUUCAAGGAAUAUCUUCUUUUUUUAACAUUUUGUGUAGAAGGACACACAGGUGCCUGUUUAUUUAUGAUGAAGGUCCUGUCUUUUUUUUUGUUAUUUUCCUCAAAGUUAUGUUUAUACUAGAAAAAAGGUACUUCUGUGAGGUAGUUAUGCUGUGUAUUUGUUCUUACGGUCCAUUUCAGUGUGCAUUCAGUCUGGUAGCCAGCUGAACAUGUAAUCACUAAGUAAAAAAGAGGUCAAAAGAGUGACUCCGGGUCACCGAUACUCAUUUAAGUGCCUGGUAAAUGAAGGAUUAUCAAAAUGUUUUCCCUUUUUUUACGUUAUCUAAUCAAAUACAAUGGCCUUUGUUGAUGAGCUUGUUUUUUUUAUAUUUUUUUUGUCAGUGUUUUUUUUAAGAAUGCUAGGCACUCACCUUUUUAAAAUCUGCUUCAGCAAAUGUUCACAGUAAUCACAUAUAUUCAGAAGUAUACAUGCUGCUGUCAAUAAAGGUCCACAGUGUUUUCA